AGACUCCACAGGUGUGGCAGCUGAAGAACACUGUGGGGAAAUCCAGAAAAGUUUGCAGUUGUCGUCAUGGCGUCUUUAUGGGAUGAUCUGGAGAGUCUGGUGGACACUCCUUCCUCUUUCACAGCUACAUCUGGAGAACGUGGAACCAUCAAAACCAUCCAAUCGUUCGAUGCUGACGCCGACGCUGCAGCUCUGAAGAAAGCCAUGGACGGCCUCGGCACCAAUGAGAAAACUCUGAUCGACAUUUUGACUCAAAGAAGCAACGCUCAGCGGCAGCUCAUCAGUAAAUCGUACCAGGAAGCAACAGGCAGAACAUUAUUAGACGACCUGAAAAGCGACACCGGAGGAGACUUCGAGGACCUGCUGGUGGCGCUCAUCACCCCCCCGGCAGAGUUCGACUGUCAUGAAGUGAUGAGAGCCAUGAAGGGAGCUGGGACCAAGGAGAGCGUCCUGAUUGAAAUAUUCGCCUCCAGGUCCAACCAACAGAUAAAAGCUCUGAACGACAUUUAUUUACAAGAAACAAACAAGAAGUUGGUCCUUGAUCUACAAGAGGAGGUUUCUGGAGACUUUUCCAAAGCUCUGCUUGUCCUGGUUGAGGGUAAAAGGGAUGAGAGCACCUCAGUAGAUAAACAGAAGGCUGAAGAGGAUGCAAAGAUUCUGUACAAGGCUGGAGAGAAGAAGCUGGGCACAGACGAAGAGAAAUUCAUCGACAUCCUCUGCCACAGAAGCAUUCCUCAACUCAGACAAACUCUUGUCGAAUACAAGAACGUCAGUGGAAAAACCCUCCAGGAAAGUAUCACCUCAGAGAUGUCAGGUGACCUGGCAGACCUGCUGCUGGCUGUCGUGAAAUGUGUGAAGAGCGUUCCAGCCUACUUUGCAGAACGUCUGUAUGAAAGCAUGAAGUUAGACCGAGGAUGUAAACACAACCCAACGGCGGCGGCGGAUCCGGGAGGCCUCGAUGAAAACCGACGACGAGGACAGAAAUGUGAGUCAAAGCUGGAGAAUUAA